AGAGAAAUCAAUACACAGAGAGAAAGCGAGACUGGGAAGAAGGAGAAGGGAGGAGUCGCCUCAUCAGCCAUUCUUGUCUUACAGGGUCCCAGCUGUCAUUGGUAAAAAAGAGGAGGGAGGGACAGGAUUUACUAUUGUGUGGAACUGAAGGGAGGGGGGAAGACAGAAGGGGGAGAGAGAGAAAGAGAGGGAGGAAAAGGAGUGGAAGAACGGGAGGAAAGAAGGAAGCUCCAUUUGUUCCACCUGAUCUUGAGCUGUUUUACAAUCUGGUGCUGCUUCCACAUUGGAGGGUAGAAACCGGCUUUGCCCCUACAGCAACUGCCGCACAUCAUGUCUGGUUACCAAGGAAAGAAGAACAUCCCCCGGAUAACGAGUGACCGGCUCCUUAUUAAAGGAGGGAGGAUAGUUAAUGAUGAUCAGUCAUUCUAUGCUGACAUUUAUAUGGAAGAUGGCCUUAUAAAGCAAAUUGGAGAUAACUUAAUAGUUCCAGGAGGAGUGAAGACCAUAGAAGCCAGUGGCAGGAUGGUUAUACCUGGAGGAAUAGAUGUCCACACUCACUUGCAGAUGCCAUACAAAGGGAUGACAGCAGUGGACGACUUCUUCCAAGGGACAAAAGCAGCAUUGGCAGGUGGAACCACCAUGAUUAUUGACCAUGUUGUCCCGGAGCCGGAGUCCAGCCUGAUAGAAGCCUGUGAGAAAUGGCGUGAGUGGGGUGAUGGGAAGGCUUGCUGUGACUAUUCCCUCCAUGUGGACAUCACCCAUUGGAAUGACAGUGUCAAACAGGAAGUGCAGACGCUCAUCAGAGAAAAAGGAAUUAAUUCUUUCAUGGUUUACAUGGCCUAUAAGGAUCUGUACCAGAUGUCAAAUACAGAGCUCUAUGAGAUAUUUAGUUUCUUGGGAGAUCUUGGUGCUGUAGCUCAAGUUCAUGCUGAAAAUGGGGAUAUCAUUGCACAGGAGCAAGCCAGGAUGCUAGAGAUGGGAAUAACUGGUCCAGAGGGCCAUGUGCUGAGUAGGCCAGAAGAGCUGGAGGCUGAGGCUGUCUUCCGUGCUAUCACCAUUGCAAGCCAGACCAACUGCCCCCUGUAUGUGACUAAAGUGAUGAGCAAGAGUGCUGCUGACCUAAUUUCACAAGCCAGGAAAAAAGGUAAUGUAGUGUUUGGCGAGCCAAUCACAUCCAGUCUUGGAACAGAUGGAACACACUACUGGAGCAAGAACUGGGCAAAGGCUGCUGCAUUUGUGACCUCUCCACCUCUGAGUCCAGAUCCAACAACCCCUGAUUAUAUCAACUCUUUACUGGCCAGUGGUGACCUCCAAGUCUCAGGAAGUGCACACUGUACAUUCAGUACAGCACAGAAAGCAAUUGGAAAAGAUAACUUCACAGCAAUCCCAGAGGGUACCAACGGUAUUGAGGAACGGAUGUCUGUCAUCUGGGACAAAGCAGUGGCUUCUGGGAAAAUGGAUGAAAAUCAGUUUGUGGCUGUGACAAGCACCAAUGCUGCAAAGAUCUUCAAUAUGUAUCCAAGGAAGGGGAGAAUUGCCGUGGGAUCGGACAGUGACCUGGUGAUAUGGGAUCCUGACGCAGUGAAAAUUGUGUCUGCCAAAAGUCAUCAGUCAGCAGCUGAAUACAACAUUUUUGAAGGAAUGGAGCUGCGUGGAGCCCCACUGGUUGUCAUAUGCCAGGGAAAAGUAAUGAUGGAGGAUGGGAACCUUCAUGUGACACAAGGGACAGGGCGUUUUAUUCCUUGUGCUCCUUUCUCAGAUUAUGUCUACAAGCGCAUCAAAGCAAGAAGGAAGAUGGCUGAAAUGCAUGCUGUGCCAAGAGGAAUGUAUGACGGGCCUGUGUUUGAUUUGACCACUACACCUAAAGGGGGCACCCCUGCAGGAUCUACUCGGGGAUCCCCCACCCGGCAAACACCUCCGGUCAGGAAUCUUCAUCAGUCUGGAUUUAGCUUAUCAGGUACCCAGGUUGAUGAAGGGGUUCGCUCAGCCAGCAAGCGCAUAGUAGCACCCCCAGGAGGCCGCUCUAAUAUAACAUCUCUGAGUUAAGCGUCCCAGUAAUCAGGGAACGGGAGGGGAACUUGUAAUUCGAUAAACUAAGCAAUGGUACAUUAAUU